AUGAUGGUAAGCGACCCAAGUGAAGAUGCCAACGGGGGGGAAGACGAGAGCGGCCAUGAGCAUGACGAAAGUAAAAGCAACGAAAGUAAGAGCGACGAAGAGGAUGUCAAAUAUAAAAAACCAGAGACGCACACAAACUUCUGGAAGUCCUUUGGGCUUGGCACCAAGGCAGGGAAGCUCCUUUACAACCUAUACGGGGAGAAGAGCAAGAUAACCCCCGCGCUUAUCAGCACGAGGAGGGCUACUAAGGAUGAGGCACCGAUGAGGGAACCUCCCGAGGUGGAGAGGAGACGUCCCCAAGUCAGCUACCCGGAGUUGAAAAGUGGGUGCCAUACGGGGCGCCGCCGAUUUGCUGCCUCUGCACUCAGCCGAUUUGCAGCCCCAGGGCAAUUCGCCUGCCAACCCGGUCAGCUUCCAACCGCCACUGCAGAGCCCGCCCCGAAGGAACACCCCAUAGACGCCAUACCACACAGAAAGCCCCUGGCCAAAAUCCUGGAGGACACGAAAAACUACGAGUGCAUUAAGGAGCUCCCCGCGCGGAUUGAACGAAACCGAAGUGAGGAAAAAAAAAAACUGAGCGAGCUUUUCUUCGGUUACAAAUGUAAAGUGGUCCCCCCCAGUUGCUCCCCAGCUGUCUUAACGGAGGAGGAGAGAAGGGAAGCAAUCCAAAGUGCCGAAAAGGAUUUCACAAACAUGAGGAAUUCCAGUUGCAGGGAGGAUAACAUUAAGGAGAGCAUGAAGGUUUAUAAAGCCGAGUUAAUGGAUGAGCUGAGAGAGAAGGUGCAGCAGUACAACCAGCUCGUCUCCCUUGGAGUGCCACACAAGGUGGGUGUCGCUCCGACGGACAAAGAGUGCCACGAAUAUGAGUAUAAAAAAAUUCAACUCGUCAACGAAAUUGAGGCUUGCAAAAGGAACAUUCUGAAGACCAACGCUGUGUUGGACGCGUCCAAGUGA